AUGUCUCCUUUAAAUAUUUCUAGAUUAACCAAGACCAUGAGUAUGGCUCUCUUUGUCCUCGUCAUAGUUGGGAGUGCCAAUGCACAACUUUCUACAAAUUUUUACUCAACUUCUUGUCCUAAAUUAUCUUCCACGGUAAAAUCAUCAGUACAAUCUGCCAUAUCGAAGGAAACUCGAAUUGGUGCUUCUAUUCUCCGUUUGUUUUUCCACGAUUGUUUUGUCAAUGGAUGUGAUGGGUCAAUUCUAUUGGACGAUACUUCAAGUUUUACCGGGGAGAAAAACGCUAACCCUAAUAGAAACUCAGCUCGUGGAUUCGAAGUUAUUGAUAACAUAAAAACAGCUGUAGAGAAUGCAUGUCCCGGAGUUGUAUCUUGUGCUGAUAUUCUUGCCAUCGCAGCUGCAGACUCUGUCGCAAUUCUUGGAGGCCCAACAUGGAACGUUAAACUUGGAAGAAGAGACGCAAAAACAGCUAGUCAAUCUGCUGCUAACACAGGAAUUCCAGCACCUACUUCCAGCCUCAACCAACUUACAUCAAGAUUCAGUGCUCUUGGCCUUUCAACCAAAGACUUAGUCGCAUUGUCAGGUGCGCAUACAAUUGGACAAGCAAGGUGCACAAACUUUAGGGCAAGAAUCUACAAUGAGACCAACAUAGAUACUUCAUUUGCUAGUACGAGACAAUCGAACUGCCCAAAGACAUCAGGAUCAGGAGACAACAAUUUGGCACCCUUAGAUCUUCAAACUCCAACUUCUUUCGAUAACAACUACUUCAAGAACCUUGUUCAGAAGAAAGGUCUUCUCCAUUCUGAUCAACAACUUUUCAAUGGUGGAUCUACCAACUCCAUAGUGAGUGGCUAUAGCUCUAGUCCAAGCUCGUUUUCCUCUGAUUUUGCCGCUGCUAUGAUCAAAAUGGGAGAUAUAAGUCCUCUCACUGGAUCUAAUGGGGAGAUCAGGAAGAAUUGUAGAAGAAAAAACUAA